CUAGUACUACUCUCGAUUAAAAAAGAUGAAUAACGUUGGAAAAGUCAGAGCAUCUAAGUUGCUAUAUUCUUCGAUUCGCCGCCCAGCUCGUCCGGCGAUAUCUGGGAUCCACAGCCAGCGCCUCCGCCUCCGCGUCGGCCGUCCUCCACCAGUUCUCAGCCGGUGACACCGGAGAAGAGUUAUCUUGCAAAAGUCGGAUUAAGCACCGGGGAGCUUCGCCGAAAGCAAUCUUAUUGAGUGCUGGCUCCAUACUGGUUCAGUAUCUGUCUUAGUUCUGGCCCCUGGAGAACUGAAGAAGUGAAGACUGAGGGAUUCUACGGUUGUAGGCCACGACCUAUAAAUAGACCGUUGUAAAAGUAGUGCCUACUGCACACUGUACACAUUCAUCUUCCUAAAUACGGAUUGCUAUAAUGGGGGAUAGGACAAUUUUGAUGGACCGGUACGAAAUCGGGAGGCACUUAGGGCAGGGGAACUUUGCCAAGGUAUAUUAUGCUCGGAACCUUGCGAGUGGACAAGCUGUUGCGAUAAAGAUGAUUGAUAAGGACAAGGUUUCGAGGGUUGGGCUAAUGGUGCAGAUAAAGAGGGAGAUCUCGAUAAUGAGAUUGGUAAGGCAUCCCAACGUCCUGAAGCUUUUUGAGGUCAUGGCUAGCAAGAGCAAGAUUUACUUUGUUUUGGAGUAUGCUAAAGGUGGCGAGCUUUUCAAUAAGAUAACCAAGGGGAAGCUAAGUGAGGAUGCUGCUAGGAGGUACUUCCAUCAGUUGAUCAGCGCCGUGGACUACUGCCAUAGCCGAGGUGUUUAUCAUCGUGACUUAAAGCCAGAAAACCUACUCCUGGAUGAUAAUGAAAACCUGAAAGUCUCUGAUUUUGGUCUAAGUGCCCUAGCUGAGUCCAGGAGACAAGAUGGCCUCCUCCAUACCACCUGUGGAACUCCAGCUUAUGUUGCUCCUGAAGUGCUUAGCAGGAGAGGCUACGAUGGUGCCAAGGCUGACAUAUGGUCCUGUGGAGUAAUCCUAUUUGUUUUGGUGGCUGGUUUUCUUCCUUUCCAUGACACAAAUCUUAUAGAGAUGUAUAGGAAGAUUUCCAAAGCUGAAUAUAAAUGCCCUCGCCCUUUUUCCAUCGAGCUGAAGGAUCUGCUAUAUAAGAUUCUUGAUCCAGAUCCAAGUACUAGGGCUUCUAUUUCAAGGAUAAAGAGAAGCGCCUGGUACAGAAAACCCAUUGAGGGAAAUGCACUGAAGAUCAAACAAGAACCAAGAGACAUGGUUUACAAAGGUGAAGCCACGGCCUCCCACUCGCCAGAAUGCAGUAUUUCGGAGCUCAAUCUAGCAUCGUCAAGCCUCACAAACUUGAAUGCAUUUGACAUCAUCUCUCUCUCAACGGGAUUUGACCUAUCCAAUUUGUUUGAAGAGAAGUAUGGCCGGAGAUUGGAAAGAUUUACCACCAGGCAGCCAGCAGAGGCCAUAUUUGCCAAGCUGAAUAAAGUGGCCAAGCAAUUGAAGCUCAAAAUUAAGAAGAAAGAAAACGGUGUGUUGAAAUUGGCAGCACCAAAGGAAGGAAUGAAGGGAUUUCUUGAGUUUGAUGCCGAAGUUUUUGAGCUUGCGCCUUCUUUGCAUUUGGUUGAACUAAAAAAGACGAAUGGAGACACUAUAGAGUAUAAACAACUGAUGAAAGAUGAAAUGAGGCCUGCACUUAAGGAUGUGGUUUGGGCGUGGCAAGGUGAUCCGCACCCACUCCCUGAGAAAAUCAUCCAAGGAUCACAGCAGCCUCAGUUGCCUUUGCCAUCACAGCAGCCACAGGAGUAAUAGGCCCCAUUGCAAGUCUGCUGCCACAAAAGCCAUAGGACGAGAUGUAGCCACCAUUGCAGUGGUGUCAACAAUACCCAUCGAAACCAUUGCUGACACCUACAAGGCAUGCAGAGGGUUGCGACGGCUAGGAUCGCAGCAGCUGCAUGAUGUGUUGAAACAGCCAGAGUCGAUGACUUGUUCACAGACGUAUCGCAUAUCAUUGGAUCAUCAGGUUUACCCUGUUCUAGUAGAUCAAUUGCCUACCAUUUGGCAUAUUCCCUGUGGCUCCUUUAUGUUUCUGUAUUUUCUUCUUUAUAUUCCUUGUAACUAAAAGAACAUUCAAUUUUGGGAGACUUUGAACUACGGAAAAUUUUGUCCAGUGUGACUAAAGAUAUUGAAUGUAGCCAUUUCUGUACCUAGUACCUGUGAACUAGGUAAUGGAUGUAAAUAUUGUGAAACCUUUA